UCAUCAUAUGCCUCUUUCCUCCCAAUUCACACUCACUUUCCUCCCACUACUGCAUGUAUUUUUUGCCUUCUCCACCUCACCUAAUAAUUCCAACAAAACCUCUGCUGUUGUGAACAAACCAAAAACCUCUCUACUCACAUUGUCUCUCCAAGAUCAAUCAAUCUUGUUUGCUUUUCAAUGGCUGCUGUUUCAGCUACUUGUGUUAGAUUUCGGACAUCGUCGGCCCAGUUAUCAAUCAGGGCUAGUAACCAGAUAAUAGGUAAAAGUGCGAGUUUGGUGUCGUUGGGAUGGACGAGGACGGGGGUUUUCCCGUGUAUCAGGACGUCGCGCCUCCAAAUUUGUGCUGCAAAGGCUGAGACAGUGGAGAAAGUGAGUGAGAUAGUGAGGAAGCAGCUGGCUUUAUCUCCUGAGACAGCACUCACUCCUCAGACUAAGUUCUCAGAGCUUGGUGCUGAUUCCCUUGACACUGUGGAGAUAGUUAUGGGACUCGAGGAAGAGUUCAACAUCAGCGUGGAAGAAGAGAACUCGGAGAACAUAACAACGAUUCAAGAAGCAGCCGAUUUGAUCGACAAACUCUGCGACAAGAAAUGAUGCAUAUUAAUGAGAAACAUGAAAGAUUAUGCGGAAUUAGGGUUCUUUCGUUUCCGAAUUAGGGUUCUUUCUUCUUCAUAAUGUGGGGCUGGACAAUUGCAUUUUUGGUAAGGAAUUUGCUUCUCUAAUCUAUGUCUAUUGUGCUUUCACACUAUGUGAUUUAGCAGUUUAAAUCUGUUCCUCGUGUGUAGAUGUGAUUUUUUGUACCGUUUGACUUUUGAUCAGUAAUUUAAUUAUCGGUAUAUGAUAUUUUUUCACA